AUGGAUUCCAGCUUCUAUCGCAACCCUUUCGUCGGCUUCAUUCCGCGCCGCGAGAAGUCAGUCGAUGGACAGACUCUCUGGGCCGCCCUCUGCAGUCUUUCAUGGGUCCAGUGGGGGCACUUCUGGUGUGGCUGGUUGGCAUGGAUUUGCGAUUCGUAUGAUUUCUUCAGCGUGUCACUCAGCGUCACCAACCUCGAAAAACAGUUCAGUAAACCCGCAAACAGUAUCACGACCGCUAUCACGUUAACGCUGCUUUUCCGGUCUCUUGGUGCAUUUAUUUUUGGAGCACUCUCGGAUCGAUAUGGCCGAAAAUGGCCACUUAUUGCAAACCUCCUCCUUGCCGCCGCCUUCGAGCUUGGCUCCGGCUUUGUGCAAACCUUUCCACAAUUUCUUGCCGUCCGAUCCCUCUUCGGUGUCGCCAUGGGCGGGAUAUGGGGGCUUGCCUCGUCCACUGCGCUCGAGAACCUUCCGGUCGAGGUUCGCGGAUUGGCGAGUGGCUUCCUGCAGGAGGGCUAUGCUGUGGGCUAUCUGAUUGCGGCCGUCGUGAACCUCUGGCUCGUCCCCGAGACAACCUCAAGCUGGCGCAGUCUGUUCUUCCUCGGCGCGGGGCUGUCUACUUUCUCUGCAUUUACGCGUUUGUUCCUGCCGGAAAGCGAAUACUUCGAGCGUGCGAAAGCAGCGGAACUUGCAAGCGGGCGGAUAAACACGAACAAGACGCGGAUCUUCCUGCGUGAGACGGGGCAGAUGUUGAAGCGCCAUUGGAUGCUGUGCUGCUAUGCGAUCGUUCUCAUGAGUGGAUUCAACUUCCUCUCGCACGGUUCUCAAGACUUGUAUCCCACCUACCUUACGACUACGAAGGGUUUCAGUGAACACGAUGCGACUGUAGCAACUAUCAUCGGAAACUUGGGUGCUAUUGCUGGAGGUACUAUUGCAGGAUGGCUGAGUCAAUACAUUGGCCGUCGUCUCACAGUUAUCCUCUGUGUGGUUAUUGUUGGAGCAUUUAUUCCGCUGUGGAUCCUUCCUAACGGGUUUAGCGCGCUCUCAGCGGGCGCAUUCUGCGUUCAGUUUGGCGUGCAAGGGGCAUGGGGUGUUAUUCCAAUUUUUCUCGCUGAGAUGUCUCCUCCCGCAUUCCGUGCAACAUUCCCUGGAACGGCGUACCAGAUCGGUAAUAUGGUAUCUUCAGCAUCUGCACAAAUCGAAGCCACUGGGGGUGAUAAUAUCAAGACGACCAUCAUCUCAAACGGCCAACCGAAAGUCGUCGCGAAUUAUGCCACGGUGCAAGGCAUUCUUGUCGGCGUCGUCGCUGGAUUUGUCAUCCUGUGCACCAUCGUUGCACCCGAAAACCACGGCUCGCAUUUCGAGAAGUACAAGGCCGCAUUUGAGGAGGGCGCAGGGCGCGACGAAGAGAUGCUCGAAGGAGAUGUUGACCCUGGUGAUAUCUCCGAGAGCCCAGCGUCACGUCCAGUGAGUGUCAAGGAAGUCAACGAGAAGGAGUUCGAUGCGGCAUAG